UUAUAAUCAAAAUAUUGAUGAACUUCAAUGAUAAAUAGAUCAGAAAUAUUUUAUAUCAUGAAUAAUUCUGGAUUAAUUUUAUCAAUACAAGAACAAAAAUGAAAUACAUUUUCAUUUUAGUAUUCGUAAUGCUUCUGCUUUCGCUAUGUGGUUUGGUUAUAAACAAAGAACAGUGAAAAUAUGCUACAAUUAGAGAAUAAUGAUAAUUCCCAUUUUAUACAAAUGAAUGAUCAGCGUUCAACUACCGAUAAAUUAGCCCGUAACUGUUCACAUAUCAUUCAAAUGAAAGAAUCGUCUAAAAUAAUAAAGAGAAUCAGUAUCUUAGAAAUUAUAUGUGAUACAUUUUCCAUACGAGGUGUUGCACGAAUGAGACGUGGACCACCAUUUCUACGAGGUUUAUGGUUUGGUUUUGUAUUAAUUAUGACUGUUGGUUUACUAUUGACAACUUAUCUUCUAGUACAAGAUUAUUUAGUUUAUGAUGUUUCAGUAAAUAUACAUGUUGAUUUAGAUGCUAAAUCACCAUUUCCAGCAUUAACUAUUUGUCAUCAUCAUCCAUUUUCACAGAAUGCUUACCACUUAUGGCGUCAUGGUGAUGUUAUGUCACCAAGUGUAUUUAAUAAACAUAUGCGUAAUUUAACUCAUAAAUUUCUAAUGGAAAAUGAUGUCGAUGCAGCGGAAACUCUUUAUCAAUAUGACAGUCUGUCAAUAUAUUAUCAAAAUAUAAAAACAAUUGAUGCUUAUCGUUUAGGACAUGAUACAACAGCAUUUUUAAAUUGUAUGCGACGUGUUAAUCAAACUAUGCAAAUUGAAGAUAAUUGUAUGCAUAUGGAUGGUUUUCAAAUACGUAAAUUCAGUCAUCAUAUAUAUUUUAAUUGUCAUACAUUUGAACCUAAAACAAAAACUGAAGCCUAUGAUACUGAUACUAUUGCAUUGAUUGUUAGUUUAGGUACAGAUUCAAAUUAUAAUAAUCAAGAACAAGCAUUUCUUGUGGAUUUAUUUGAAAUGGCACGAGGACUACGUGUUGUUGUACAUGAACCUGGUACAUAUCCAGAUUUAGAACGUGAAGGAUUACAUGUUGAACCAGGAAAGUUAAAUGAAAUCAAUUAUCAACCAGUUUUAUGGAAACGACUUAAUACACCACAAAAUCCAUGCCGUGAAGAGUUUAUUGAUCGUAAUCCAGAAUUGGCUAGUAUUACUGAUCAUAAAUUAUCUCGAUUAACUGGAUUAGAUUUUGCAUACGCUUAUAAUGAUUUAAAUGUAUCUUAUAGAUACACUCAAUCUCAGUGUAUAUUAUUUCAUCAACAAGAAGAUAUUAUCAAAGAAUGUGGAUGUCAGUAUAUAUAUAAUCCAAGACCAAAAUACCCUUCAAAUAAUCUUCCAUAUUGUGGUUCAAUACUAGGAGGUGAUUUUGAUAUAUUAGCAUUAGCUAAACGUAUUCAAUGUCUUACAAGUGGUCCUUUAAAUGUAACAGUUAGAAGUCAGUAUGAAUCAACUCUGUGUCAUCCAAGAUGUCGAUAUUAUACAUAUGAAAGUACUAUAUCAGUUACAACAUGGAGAGCUGUUGACUGGCAAUUACAUUGGCUUAGACAAUUAAAUAGAGCAUUUAAAUCAAUGCAAUAUGAUGUGAAAAUUAAUGGAGAAGAUUGGAAUAUAACUCAAAGUAACGGUUUUCAUCGAUGGAAGGAAUAUUACGAAAAAGACAAUCUAACUAAUAUUUCUGCCAAUGCAAUCAAUGAUUUAAAUCUUCAAGGUGAUAAUUUUGCUUAUGUUGUUCUGAAACGUCGUGCUGGUGAUGUACGUGUUAGUCAAGAGAAAUUAGUAUUAAGUAUUAGUGUAUUACUUAGUCGUAUUGGUGGUUUAUGUUCAUUAAGUAUUGGAUUAACUGCAGCAUUUCUUGUUGAACUCAUUGAAUUUACUUAUCGUUUAGUAACUACGGAAAGAUCAAAUAUUAAACAUAAUAAAAGUAAAGAUCAUAAAAUUGAUAGUAACAAUAUUUCAGGGGGGGCAGCAAUAUAAAAACAAACACAAUCAAACUACAACUUGUAUGGAAACAACUUGAAAACAAAAGUGAAAGAGAGUUAACAUUCUAAUCAUUUUGUUUCUCUAUUGUAUUUCAGUUUAAUGUAUAUUGAUCGAUGUUGAUUUGACUACAACCACGUAUAUUCUUAGAGAACGGAUAGUUAGUUUUUAAUUUCAAAUGGUGACCUAUUCACAUCGAAUGAUCCUAUUUCUGCUUUACAUUUCUCUAUUUAUUAUUAUUCCAUGUAAUUUAUUUGUAAUUAAAUUUGUCACAAUUACUUUUUUAUGUAAAACUAGUUGAAAAGGAUCAUUACUUUAACAUGAUCAUCAUUACAGAAUCCUAU